AUGACACCAUUUGAAAUGAACAAUCAGACAUUUGUCACUGAAUUCAUCUUCUUGGGAUUUUCAAAUCACUCCAACUUGCAGGGCUUCUUCUUCCUGGUCUUCUUGGUCAUUUACUUGACAACUCUCCUGGGGAACAUCCUCAUAAUAAUGGCUACCAGGGUCUGUCCUGCUCUUCACACCCCAAUGUAUUAUUUCCUCAGCAACCUGAGCUUCUUAGACAUCUGCUAUACAUCUACCACCAUUCCAGUCAUGUUGGUGAACUUCUUCCGGGAGAAAAAGACUAUCUCCUAUGAAGGCUGCCUUUCCCAGAUCUUUUUCUUUGUGACAUGUGCUGGCACUGAAUGUGUCUUACUGGCUGCCAUGGCUUAUGAUCGCUAUGUGGCCAUCUGCCAUCCUCUUCAAUAUCCAGUACUCAUGAGUGUGAAGGUCUGUGUUUGCCUGGUGACUGGAUCCUGGCUCUGUGCACUGGUGAAUUCUGUGACACAUACAGUGCUGGCAGCCAUGCUUACUCUGUGUGGGCCCAACGAGAUCAGCCACUUUUUAUGUGACAUUCCAUUACUCCUGAAGCUCUCCUGUUCAGACACUUCUGUCAAUGAAUCUGUGCUGUAUGUGGCCAGUGCCACCAUCGGCCUGAGCCCCUGCCUGUUUACUGCAGGGUCCUACGUGCUCAUCAUCUCAGCCAUCCUUAAGAUUCCUUCUGCUACAGGCAGGAGCAAGUCCUUCUCCACUUGUGCAUCCCACCUCACUGUGGUGGUGGUCUUUUAUACAAUGGCCAACUUCAACUAUGACAGGCCCAGAGAAGGAUACUCUUUGGACAUGGACAUCCUGAUCUCUGUUCUCUUCUGUGUAGUAACCCCCAUGUUGAAUCCCAUUAUCUACAGCUUGAGAAAUAAAGAUGUCAAGGACGCAUUGAUGAAGCUGAUUAAAUGGUUUGUACUCCCCGACAAUAUCAAUGUCUAG